CGUGGGAUUGCCUAUUGUUCAGCGGGGACUAUAAAAGUGCUCGGUCGGUUGCGGGGUCCUUACAGCCUUUUCUACCCUCAGCUACCCACCCAGCCUAGCCACUCGUCAUCCACGAAGCAAAAGCACCUCCUCUCCUUUCGCGACAAUGCCGACCUCCGACUCGAUGUGGGCACCACACAACGCGGACAAGCGCGAUACGUGGUUUGGCGCCAAGCGCGCCCAGUCGAAUACCACCACAGAUCGAGCGAAGCAUUCCUCGCCACGCGACAUAGCGAGCAAUAUGAAGCCGCUCGACAAUCAAGAAGAUGCGCCAAAGACUCCCACUAACAUCCAGCCUCCCGCGACCAGUGGAGCUUACCAGUCGAUGUGGGCCCCACACAAUGCCGACAAGCGGGCUAGAUGGCUGGCCCAAUCACGUCCGUCUGCUGAAGACGAGCCGAGUCCGACUUCGGUCCGCAAGGCAAGCCUGAGUGUGUUUGUGGCAAGCGAAGCAAGACUAUUGCAGACCGCUCUGUACGAGGCGCUGGAUACUUCCUCGCAGGAAGGGGACAUUGCUGUCCAUGGAAAGCCCAUGAAUACCGGUACAGCACUGGACGAGCUGGAGGACGCGCCGAGAUCGGCGAAAGGUUUCGCCAUUCGUGGAGCGAGCGCCGGGGAGAGAGUCGUCGAAGAUUUGGAAGAGAGCGGUGAGUCUCGGACGCCUCGCAGGGCAAAGAAAAUCAAGAGACACACGGCGUCCGAGAGCGCGCCGUGGGGGAGAUGGGAGCACGAUCACUUCGAAAGCAUGUAGAGGAGCUAUGACCGUUGUAGGCAGGAGGA